UCUCCCACUGGAACUGAGCUGCCUUUGUAACCAAAUUGCCAUUAAGACACCGUUGGUUUGGGAGAGCUCCUGCCAGCAGCUGCAGCUGAAAAAGGGGGUGUCUGCAGCCAGCGGGGCGUGCACAGCAUUUGCAAUGGAGCCGGGGGGGUUCUGUUCCCUCAAGCGCAGAGUCUGUGCCAGCGGAGCCUGCAACUCCCUCCGGUGGCUGCUCCAGCCAAGAGCUGACACAGCCCAGGAUUCUGUGCUGUUCUCUUGCUUGCUGUGCAAAGGGACUGUGGCUCCUGGAGGGAUGUUGUGGAAGCAAAAUGCUCUCUCGGGGUUGCCUUGCUCCGUGGGAGUUCCCACCACGGGCAGGCUUUUCCUAACAGCAUCUGGUUCGUGUUCCCUGUCCCAUUGCAGGGCACCUCAUGCGUGGAUCCCGAGCAGCUCCUCCUUUGGUGAGUGGGAAAGGAACCUUUGGUGGUCAGAAUUGUGCAGAGAGUUGUGAGCUUGGCGUGUGGCAGUCGAGCGCCAGCCUGGGAGGCUGAAGGAAAGUUCCUGCCAGUGUCUUUGCAGCAGCAGCAGCAGCAAAGGGAUCCCUGGCACUUUUCUCCUUCUCUGCUGAAGAGCUUGUGAAGAGCUGCAGGUCUGGUUUUGCAGGCAGAAGAUUGCUUGCUGGCUUUAGCCACGGUGGAAUAUGGAAUGCCCAGCAAUAAGUGGCAAUGUCGACUUUAGCCCAUUCCUAGUUUGAACAGCUCCGAAUCCCAUUCCUGCUUAGUGCAGCUGGAUGUGUAGCUGAGGAUAAAUAAGGCAAUAACUGAGAGAGAACUUCCCGUCCCUCACGCUACCAUCUGUCCACAGGGCACAAAAGCAGCAUCAGCUCCUCCUCUGGCUCCCUCUGCUUCCAAAGAGGAGGCCAAAGAGGAGGAAGACAGCAGUGAACUUCCCGGUGUUCUGGGGGAUGAUGGUGAACUUCCCUCUGUCCCGGGAGAUGAGGGCAAACAUCCCACGGUUUGGGAAUACAACAGUGAAGCUCCUGUGGUGUGGGGCGAGGAUGGUGGACAUCACCCGGUGUGGGACGAGGACAGCGAGGCUCCAGCAGCAUGGGACAAGGAGGAUGGACAUCUCCCAGUGUGGGACGAGGACAGAGGACAUCCUGUGAUUUGGGAAGAGGAGGGUGCAAUUCUCCCGGCAUGGGAAGAGGACGGCAAACAUCCCGUGGCUUGCAAAGAAAACCAGGAACCCGCUGAAUUUUGGGAAGAGGAUGGGGAACCUCCCUCUGCUUGGGAAGAGGACACUGAAGCUCCCUCUGCUGCGGGAUCCUGGGCUGAACAUUCUGACAGCAGCAGAGCCCUGCAGCCAGAGGGCAGAGAGGAGUGGUGCCUGAUGCAGCUGAGGAGCGCCGUGAGCGUGGGGGAGCCUGCCGAGAAAUACCUGGAACUGGAGCAGGUUGGCCAAGGGGCUUUCGGAACCGUUUCUAAAGGAUUCGACAGGGCCACUGGAGGAGAGGUGGCCAUAAAGAAAAUGAGUCUCAGAGGGCAGAACGGGGAACGAGCUGUGAAUGAGAUCCUGGUCCUGAAGGACAAGAAGAACCCCAACAUUGUCAGCUCUUGGGACAGCUUCCUUGUUGAUGAAGAUCUCUGGCUGGUGAUGGAAUACAUGGAUGGAGGAACUUUGCAGGACGUUGUCAGACAGACACGCAUGGCUGAAGGAGAGAUGGCAGCUGUCAGUCGGGAGUGUCUGCAGGGCCUGGAUUUCCUCCACUCGAACCGGGUGAUCCACAGAGAUCUGAAGAGCUCCAACAUCCUUCUGGCAACGGACGGCUCUGUCAAGCUGGCUGAUUUUGGCCUCUGCGCUCAGCUCAGCCCUGAGCAGGAGCAGCGCAGCUCCAUGGUGGGCACUGCUCACUGGAUGGCCCCAGAGGUUGUGACCAGUUCUCCUUAUGGCCCCAAGGUGGACAUCUGGUCCUUGGGCAUUGUGACCAUCGAGAUGGUGGAAGGAGAACCUCCUUACUUUGAGCACACGGCGGCCAUGGCUCGCUGUCUGAUCCGGCAGAACGGGACCCCGCAGCUGCAGGAGCCCAGGCGCCUGUCGGCUCUGCUGCGGGACUUCCUGGAGUGCAGCCUGGAGCCGGACGAGGAGCGGCGCUGGUCUGCCCAGGAGCUGCUGCAGGUGGAUGCGAAGCGGCUGCAGGGGAAACAGCAGCGCGAGGGAGGGGUUUUCUCGUGGGGCCCCCCUCCAAUAGUCUCCAGUCUCGCUGCUUUUCACAUGCAAAGGCAGCAGAAUCCUCGCCUGGUUUGGCUUGACAGGGUCCUUUGCAGGUCAUCUGGACCAGGUGCCCCGCAAGGAGCAGGGACAUCUUCAGCAGAUCAGGUGGCUCAGAGCCCUGCCUGA